AUGCACGAGCCUAUUGCUCACACCCACUCCUUUAACGGUGUCGAAGUCGACAUGUCAAAUGAGACGAAGGACGCCCAGAAUGUUCAAUGUGUCAAUAUUUUGGGCUGUCCUGCGGGGGGUACAAGAACGCUAUCUUCUUCCACUUCGAGGGCUAGUCCCGCAGUCAUGGGGUCCGAAAGAGAACGCAUGAGCCAAUGGCUUGUCUCAAGUGCUCCUCCAAAGAUGACUCUCGAGAUUAUUUCCAGAAUUGACGAAGAAUGCGAAGACGCGAUAAUUGUGGACGAGAUUGAGAUCCACCAAGGUCCGUUCGGGGCGUUCAGAUUGAACCAAGAUCAAGACACCUUGCCUUGCCUUGCGAACCAACUGUGA